CUUUAUUAUAUUAUUGAAAUCAAAUCUAGUAAAUAAGUCAGAGCUGUCUACUAUGAAACGUUCAUUUUCUGGAGAUUCCUCAAGCGAACGUUCUUAUAGAGAUGCCCGCUCAUACGAUAGACAUUCAGAUACAGCUAUACCAUCUCCUGCGCGUUCAUGGUCAUCUCCUCCUGUUCCUCGCCCAAGUGUUCAUGCCAAUCAGCAUCGUUUUACAGGCUGUUCAAAGAUUACAAAUUACGAGUUUAAAACGAAACUAGGCGAAGGAACUUUCGGCGAAGUCCACAAGGCCCGUCACAGAGAUACAGGUCAACUGGUUGCUCUUAAACGCAUUCUAAUGCACAACGCAAAAGAAGGUCUUCCCAUCACAGCCAUGCGUGAAAUUAAAAUUUUAAAGCAGCUACAACACAAGAAUAUUGUACCGCUUUCUGAUAUUGCCGUAGAAACAGGAGAUACAAGCCGAAAAGAACCAGGUAUCAUUUACAUGGUUUUCCCUUACAUGGACCACGAUCUUGCCGGUUUACUCGACAACACUUCAGUACGUCUCACAACACCCCAAAUCAAGACAUAUAUGAAACAGCUACUAGAGGGAACCGCAUAUCUUCACCACAACAUGGUCCUCCAUCGUGAUAUGAAAGCGGCCAAUCUUCUAAUAAACAACGAAGGUAUUCUUCAAAUAGCAGAUUUUGGAUUGGCACGUGGAGUGGAAGAAGACAAUAGAGAAUAUACCCAGUGUGUAGUUACCAGAUGGUACCGCCCACCAGAGUUACUACUGGGUGAGCGCCGCUAUACAAGCGCUAUUGACAUGUGGGGAGUAGGAUGUGUAUUUGGGGAAUUCCUCAGAUUACGACCUAUACUACAAGGUGUAGAUGAUAUGGAGCAGCUCAAAAGAAUUUUUCUACUGUGCGGGUCCCCUACAAACGAAAACAUGCCCGGAUGGUCAAAGUUACCAGACGCUAGUAAAGUCCGGUUUGAACCUUCAAAAAGGCGUGUGUUGGAAGAGUUCUCACGCUACGAUGCAUUGGCAGCAGAUUUAAUCGACAAACUUCUAGUACUAGACCCUUCUAGUAGAUACACAGCACUUGAAGCAUUGGAUCAUAAUUAUUUCUAUUCUGAACCUUUACCGGCAGACCCAGCACUUCUUCCAAAAUAUGAAGCUUCCCAUGAAUUCAAUCGUCGCAAGGCAAAACAAGACCAACAUCGUUCGCACACAUCCCAUACUUCUCAAAAACAUUCACGACAUUCCCAUUAUUCGUCUCAGCCGCAUCAUUCCAAUAGCCGCCGAAGAAACUCAAAUAGAAAACCAUAAGUCUAAUUUACAUCCUUUUGUACAAGAUAUUUAUGCUUUAUAAUUAUCAUUCGUAUUUUGUUGAGACAUGGUUUGUACGCUUUUCCCUUUUAAUUUUUUUUUUGUAUGGAGCCAGGAAGAAAAAGCUCAGGAUUUUAUUAAAGGUCUCUGAUUGAAUAGGAAAAGAGAAAAUUAAAAUAUUUGUUUGUAAGGUUUUGUAGUAUAUAUGAUGUUUUUAGCUUUUAAAUUUCCCUUUUAAAUAUAAAUUGCAUAGGGUGCACCUUUUUUAUAAUAG